UUAUGUUUUGCAGAACACAUUCUCUCCAGGAGAAAGCAAAGAUUUUACUGUAUGUUUGCCUAUGAGACGCAGAUUCUGCAGCAACUGGCUCUUCUGGUGGUGUGCCAUGACUUAGCAGUGGGCCAGGCCAUCUCCCACCACUUCCUGGUGCAGAGACCUACAUCCUGGUUCAAAGCCCGGGAGUACUGUCGAAAGCAUUAUGUCGACCUUGCUGUCCUGAGCACAGAAGAGCAAUACUUCACUCUCCUCAAUGCCACUGCUGCAAGCAAAAUGAGCUUUUGGCUUGGCCUGCAGCGUCAGAGUGUGUCCAGCGGCUGGAAGUGGGUGGACGGGGAGGAGCUGAGCUAUGAAGACUGGUACAAGAUAAACUAUGUAGGCCGCUGUGCAAGUUUGGAGGCGAUGCUGAAGAAAGACAAGAAACUGCUGGCACGCUACUGUGAUGAGCUGCACAUGUUUGUCUGUCAGGGUCCAGUUUCUCCGCAGCCAGUGAGGAUGGACUCAGUGGGCUCUGAUCGAGUGAUUCUCAGCUGGAACGUCUCAGCAUUUAUGCAGAUGACACCACACUACUACAAUGUGACGACAUGCACCAACACAUGUGGAUCGCUCCUUGUCCCAUACACCAAUGGCUCUGGCUUUAUGAACAUCAGCAUCUCCAACCUGACUUCAGCCACUGAGUACUUCAUUGAGAUUUUGGCUUUUAUUGUUCGGCCUGACAGUGUCACUGAUGGAAACGUGACCCUUCAAAGUCACCCAACAGCCUUACAAGUCAAAACAGUGGAAUCUAUUGGGAGGCAGCACAAAGUCAUCAUCAUCACCCUGAAGCUGUUAAAGCUCGUAUCUCUGGCUCCUCCACUCUGGGUUUUCUAUCAUAUCCUGAAAAAAGGUGAUUUCAAGGAGUCAGAUCAUGACGUCUUACGUGUGGAGCUCUCAACUGAGGAAACAAUUGUUGAUCUGAUCCCUGAGAAAACCAGAGCAGUCAGCUUCUUCUUAGACGCAGAGCCUAGAGGCAGGGUUCACCCUGGACAGGCACCAGACUAUCACAGGGCUGACCAGUAGAGCACACUCACAUUCACACCUAUGGUCAAGUUAGCAUCACCAAUUAACCUGCAUGUUUUUGGAC